CGAGCAUCUCCUCUCCAUCGCACAACUAUGUUGUCUACAACGCGUUCCCUCGCACUACGAUGUACGUCUCCCUUCCACAAAUCUUUCUCCCAGGGGUUCUGACGAAUUUCACCAAGCAGCGGCAAGAAUUCUCCCGGCAACCCCCCUCGCUACUCGGUCACUCUCAACUCCAACUUCUCUUGCCCCACGCGAUGCAUCCUCCAUCGAUCGCUCGAAUAGGCGAGAGGUCCUCCUUCCUAGUCAAGUGCCCAAAAAGGGUAUCAUGCAAUACGCCUUGUAAUGCUACCCACUUCCUUACCCCUCAAGUCUACCGCUAAUGAAAUUUAGGACAACCCUCGACCAAGUCACAAAUUGGGCCCGCCAGGGCUCCCUGUGGCCCAUGACCUUUGGGCUCGCCUGCUGCGCUGUGGAAAUGAUGCAUCUGUCAACGCCCCGCUAUGACCAGGAUCGUUUGGGGAUCAUCUUCCGUGCCUCCCCCCGCCAGUCCGACGUUAUGAUCGUCGCGGGUACGUUGACAAACAAGAUGGCGCCAGCGCUGCGUCAGGUGUAUGAUCAGAUGCCCGAGCCCCGUUGGGUCAUCAGUAUGGGUAGCUGCGCGAAUGGAGGUGGAUAUUAUCAUUACAGUUACUCGGUUGUGCGGGGAUGUGAUAGGAUUGUGCCGGUUGAUGUUUAUGUCCCCGGAUGUCCGCCGACUAGCGAAGCUUUGAUGUAUGGGAUUCUGCAGCUACAGAAGAAGAUGAGAAAUACUAAGGUUUGAUAUUUUCCUGACUCUUUAGCGGGUGGUUUGGCUGACAAAUGUAUGAAUAGAUUACGAGGAUCUGGUACCGCAAGUAAAUGGUGUCCAGCCUUGCUGGUGGAGGGAAGUGACCACUUUGGCCGCCGCUUGAAGUGAAAGUCGAUGUGUACACUGCAAUACCAAGGUCUACAUUUUUUCUUCU